AAAAAUAUGGCAGCCCCCAUGUUUUAUGGAAACAUGACUAUAUUUCAUUUAUAUUAUUAGUUUUUUAUUGUUUGCACAGAAGAAAAUUUCUUGAUGAUGGCGUCUGCAAAAGUAGAAGAUCAGAACGAUACAGCUGAUAAACUGAAUCAAGCAAAGUCAUUCAAAAAUGAAGGCAAUGAACAGUACAAGAAGAAAAAUUACAAAAACGCCAUUCGUAAUUAUCACAAAGCGUUGCUGUAUCUGAAAGGUGUUGGGGCAAGUAAUCCAUUUUCGCAGCUAAUGGGAGAGCAAGAACCUAUUUUACCUCCAGAGGUACAGGAAGAAGUGACGAAGCUGAAAAGUGAUUGUUACAAUAAUUUGGCCGCCUGUCUUCUUCUGCAACCUGAGCCAAACUUUCAGAAAGUUGUGGAAUAUUGCGGUAGUGUUCUAGAGUCCAGUCCACACAAUGUGAAGGCUCUGUACAGACAAGGCACUGCCUACUUUCAUCUGAAGAACUUUGACAGUGCCAUGCAGGUGCUCUCCAGAGCUUGUUCUUUGCCAGGAGGAGACACAGAUACAAAAAUCAGGCAUCAGUUACAGCUAUGUGAGAGAGAAAUUGCAAAACAGGACCAGAAAAUGAAACAGGUGUACAAGGGCAUGUUUGACAAGAUGGCAUCAGAUACCAAAGAUGUAACUUGAUGUGUUUGGAGGAGCAUUUACCAGGAGCUCAAUUUCUUAAGAUGACUUUAAUUUUUUGUUGGGACAUGAAGUUUUUACUGUUAUUCUGUCUGUUCCAAACUUUCAGAAAAACAAAGGAAGUAUUGGAGUAGUUAGGGUUCUCAAGAUUCUGUACAGGCGCACAAACAUGCAUAUCGUUAAACCAAAAUACACAUGCAUUGUGGCGUGCAGAUAGGUUAUUUAAAAGAUGGCAGUCAUAACUGCGUUAAACAACUCUUGGUGCUGAAUUUAAUGGCAUUUUUCAUUAAUGUCCAAGAUAGAUGCAUCCUUGUGGUUCUUUUCAGUGAAUGGGAUGUAAUGUCUCCCAUUUUUUUUAUCUGGAUACACUGCAUUAUUUUUGGAAAAGGAUAAAUAUUCAACAUUUAUGUUUCACAGCAAUUUAUUUCCUUGAUUUUUCUAUGAUUCCAACCAGCAUCUCUCCAGCUACAGGGGUAUGUUUAUCCUUUCUAACCUAAUUAACAGUUUAAUUGCCAUGCCAAGCAGAACUGAUAUCUCACUGUCGGUUUAAAUAUAUCACAUGCUUUCUUAAUGGCAGCAUCUCUCAUGUAUGUAGUUAUACAAUGAAUUGGGGUGCUACUUGAAACCCGUUCAGUGUUUUAUUAUUAACGUUUCAUAUCUUGGAAAUGCAAAAAAAAAAUUCAGUAACCACCUUACGAUUUACAAGUAUUGAAACUUCUGUCCCCAACUCAUCACAGCAGAUUGCAAAUUCCAGAGUGACUUAACAGUUAAUUUCAAUUUCUUCAGUUUUUCAUAUGCCUCAUAGAAAACAACAUAUUAUACUAAAACUGUGAGUUAGUUUAUUCAGGUUUUUGUGUUGAAUGUCAGUGACAUUUUGAUUUUUUUUUACAUUAAGUUGAAGGUUAUUAUAUAGUUGACUGUUAUUUCAAAUAGUUGUACGUAUCUGUUAAGUCUCAUAGUAUACUGUAUCUUAGUAUCUAUAUAUAGGUCAGACCUUAAGUACCUUUAUAGUAACUUUCCCUGUAGUUGCUUCUGUUUGGAAGAUAUCAAACAUAUAAUUUUCAAAAAUUUCAUGCAGUAUUACAUCAUUUGGUGGACUUUUAGGAAAACAUUUUACCUAGCGAGGUCCUGCAAUAUUUUCUGUUCCUUGCUUUUCUGUUGUCAAAAUUAAAAUUUGUAUUUCUUAAUCAUUCUUAUCCAUUUAAAUUAUAUUUUCAGACAUUAAAAAUUAUU